ACUUCACUAUGGCGUAAACACCAGAUUAGGGCCAAUUCCAGUCAUUUAUAUGGAAAAAUCCAUUACACUAAGUGUAAUAGAAUGUGGAAUUGGAAAAUCAAAAUUUGAGAAAAAUUCUAAGUCCAGCAUCCGGGUUGGCAAAAUCGUAAUCGAUGUUUUCAAAAUCGACAAUCGAUGUUUUCCAAUUCCAGAUUUCCAAAUCGGAUGAGGCUGUCGGAUUUGGAAUUCCAUAAUGAGCAACUUCCAAUACCAUCCGUUUGGAACUGCUGCUUUGUUUUCGUUUCACCUGGCAGGUGAUCCGCCAGUUGCCAAAAACCUUCGGUAAAAUUUAAUGUCAAAAUCACUCAAAAAUAAAAAUCUAAAGUUUAUUUUGUUUGUGUAUGAUUUUAUCAGUAUAUUUGAUAUUUCCCUGGCGGCUGGCAGCACGAUUGCCAUUGUAAUUUUAUUCCAGCUAUGCUUUGAAUAUAAUUUAACAUAUGGCAUCAGAACCCGUCCAACGUGCGCAAUCCGCGACUCAUCCUCUGAUGUGUCUGGAUUUUUCUGACUAUGUUCCCGACGCACGUAGCGCUAAUCUGGCCCCCAUUGGCGGUUUGCCUUAUCUGGUGCAGGAAAGCAUCGUAGUACGCGAAUUGCUGCUCGUUCUGGAGGGAUACCAAGGCAUCUACAUCACAACGCCGCCGUUGCAGAAUGAGGAUACCACGCGCGAUUUUAACGUGGAUUCCUCGCUGGAUCUGGCUUUGAAACACACGGUGGAGGAACUAAUUCCUUGUGCCAGCAUGUACUCGACAUUAGCACAAUUUGUCGACUCCGCUGGUGAUCCUAAAAUGGGGAUGACGGUGCGCGCGUUCGCGCAUGCCAUUCGACAGUUUCUCAGAGACUAUAAAAGUUUUAUGGUUGAAUUAGAUGAUGUUUUCCGGGAUGGUCAGUUAACCAUCCAGCGACUGCAUUCCCAGAUGAUGCCCCUCUUUCCCGCCCUGGAAAUGAUGGCUGGUAUUGUGCAGACGGUCACCGAGGGAAAGCUCCGCGGUGGCGCUCUGCUUUCCGCGCUGCACGAUAGAGUUGUGCGCUUUUCUCCGAAAAAGGAAAUUGAACAGCUUGUCUUGCACGUGGUAACUGCGACGGCGGUGCCGUUUCUGCGCAUGCUCUCCAAAUGGAUCUAUGAAGGUGUCGUGGAGGAUCCUCAUCGCGAAUUUAUGGUGUGCAUUUAUAAUGUGGAAAUUAAGCGGUCAAAACAGCAGUCGGACAAGGGGAAUGUCAACACGGGAAUUCAUACUUGUGCGUAUUGGGAAAACCGGUACAAACUGGUCCAGACGAUGGUGCCUGAUUUUAUGGAGGAAUACACAGAGAAGAUUGUGUUGUGCGGAAAGUAUUUGAAUAUUAUUCGCCAGUGUGGAGAAGAAAUCUCGGUUGCUGAUGCGUCCCCUCUAGCGUAUAAUCGCGAUCCACGGCACCUUCAGAUGCUCGUGGACGACGCCUUCACGAUGGCCAGCGGACGACUACUGACGCUCAUGAUGGAGUCUGAAGAUCUCAUCACGAGAUUGCGUUCAGUGAAGCACUUCUUCCUGCUGGAUCACGACGACUUUAUUGCGGAGUUCUUAAGCUUUGCUGCGCACGAAUUAACCCUGCCGCUAUCUGGUCAGGUUGUCACCGUCAACAAACCAUUUGUUUAUUCAGCCUUUGAGGACGCUCUUCGCUACAGCACUCUCUAUCACGAUCCGUACAAAAAAAUGAUGAAGCCCACGUUUUCGAAAUUUAACAUACUACAAAUUCACGCAAAGGAUAGGAAGAAUCAUAACCAAAUAAGUUCAUCGUCAUCAUCGUCCUCCGACAUACUUCUCGGUAUGGAUUCGUUCUCCAUGAACUGCGAGAUUCAGUUUCCUUUUUGUUUAAUAAUUUACGACGAGGCUAAAUUCCACUACCAAAUGCUAUUUAAAUUGUUUUUCCGGCUGAAACUCAUCGAGUAUCAUCUGAGUCGGGUGCGGAUGAAUUGCAAAGAUCCCAUUUGUCGUCAGUACAAACCCUACUGUCUGCCCUUCGUACACCAGAUGCGCGAUUUCAUCAACAGUUUGCAGCAGUAUUUUUCUGCCGAAGUCAUUGAACCCUUGUGGCACGCGAUGAUGCAACAGAUUCGCACGGCUAAAACAUUCGAUGAAGUGUUUGUACUGCAUAGGGAAUUCAUUAGCACAUGCGCUAACGAUUGCUUCCUUGGGGACCGUGACAUCCUCAGUCAGCUGUACCGACUUCUCGAUGGAUGUCUCAAGUUGUCUGCCGAUUUAAUGGAUCCACAAUUUUUCGCCGGAGACGAUUGCCUGGCCAAAAUUGACAAGAUGCGGGCGCGUUUCACUCAUCGAAUGGUCAGUCUGCUGGAGCACAUGAGCAACACUUCCGAAACCCGUGAAUUUGAAGGCCGACUGCUGAGCGCCAUGCACCGUCUGGAUUACAAUAUGUUCUACACGGUGAAACUAGCUGAGCGUGUCCGCGAGAAAGCCCAGUCCAAUUCACAUAGCUCGCAUGCAUCGACAGCAGCGGGCACUCUAUCAUCCCAUUCCUCCCGUACUUCCUCCCAUCAGGCGCCCGCCAGCCGUUCAGUGGCCUCUUUGGCCAUUGGAACAAUCUCCAGGAAUUAAGCAUAUUCCCGAAUUAGGGUCAGUUCUGUCGGCGUCGGUUGAUGACAGCCGGGCUGACUGACCGGCGGAUGUUGGAUUUAUGAUCUACUUGUGCCUUUUACUAAAUUAAUUAUAAGCGGCAUGGCUGACCUUGCGUUUGCCCAGGGGCCAGCAGGAGAGCGGAGUGCAUUUAAUAGUGAUCAGUUGAUCGGUGGCACUAACACGAUUAAACUGACCGGAAAUGGCAUGCAGCUGCGAAGCCAUUUGGCCGAGAGUGGACAAGUGCAUUGAUUUCUCUGGGAUAUUGGUCACGAUUUACUAAUAAAACGUCCGUGCUGUCGGUUCAGUGA